AUGGAGUUCUUGACAGUCACCCCCGUUUCUUCGGGGCCUCCAGCCAUGGACUUGGAAGAGCCAGGGGUCACUCUGGCACCCUCUCAGGACCUGGCUCCCAUCUCCCAGUGGGACCCGGAGACGGGAGCCCCCAGCAGUCUGAGCCAGAUGGAUUUUGAUGAGCCGAGAAUCCAGAACCUGGUGCAACAGUUUGAAGCUUUGCCGGGUGACCUGGGGGGUCUGUCUGCAGAGGGUCCUCCCUGCCCCCUGCACAUCGCCACCGGUCAUGGACUGGCCUCUGGGGACCUUGCAGAUGCCCACGGGCUCUUGUCCGCCGAGGCUGGACGCGACGACUUGCUGAACCUUUUGCGCUGUGAUGAGUGUCCACCUUCCCAGCCUUGUCCCCAGGAGUCUCCGGGGCUGCUGCAGCCCCCCGAGGACACAGACGAGGACACAAGCCUUCCGGAAUGGGCAGAGGGAGCCUGUGCCGGGCAGGAUGGCAGUCGGAGCUCAGGAAGCUCUCCGGAGCUCUGGCUGGAGACAUCGCCUCUGGUCAGGCCUGAGGAGACGCCUGCCAGCGCCCAGAGCCCCAAGACCCAAGCCUCAUACCCUGCCCCCCAGGAGGUACCCGGUCCCUGUGACCACGAAGACCUCCUAGAUGGUGUCAUCUUUGGAGCCAAGUACUUGGGCUCCACCCAGCUGGUGUCCGAGCGGAACCCGCCCCCCAGCACCCGCAUGGCCCAGGCCCAGGAGGCGGUGGACCGCGUCAAGGCCCCCGCGGGGGAGACGCAGCCCAUGACGGAGGUGGACCUCUUCAUCUCCACCAAGCGGAUCAAGGUUCUGACUGCUGACUCCCAGGAGGCCAUGAUGGACCACGCGCUGCAGACCAUCUCGUACAUCGCCGACAUCGGCAGCGUGCUGGUGCUGAUGGCCCGGCGGCGGCAGGCCCGGAGACCCGCACCCCAGGACCGCGACCACCCGCCCUGCAGGAUGCUCUGCCACGUCUUCCACUCCGAGGACGCCCAGCUCAUCGCGCAGGCCAUUGGCCAGGCCUUUGCCGUGGCCUACAGCCAGUUCCUGCGGGAGAGCGGCAUUGAGCCUGGCCAGGCAGCCGCCCGGCUCAGCCAGGCCACCCAGGGGCCCAGCCAUCUCCACAACGGGGACCUUGACCACUUCUCCAACAGCGAGAACUGCCGAGAGGUGUGCAUCACGAAGCGGCCAGGUGAGGGCCUGGGAGUGGCCCUGGUGGAGUCGGGCUGGGGCUCCCUACUGCCCACAGCCGUCAUUGCCAACCUGCAGCACGGGGGCCCCGCCGAGCGUUCAGGGGCCCUUAGCAUCGGGGACCGCCUCACUGCCAUCAAUGGGGCCAGCCUGGUGGGGCUGCCCCUGACCGCCUGCCAGGCCGCCGUCCGCGAAGUGAAGCCACAGACAUCUGUGACCCUCAGCAUUGUCCACUGUCCCCCGGUCACCACCGCCAUCAUCCGCCGGCCCCACGCCCGUGAGCAGCUGGGCUUCUGCGUGGAGAAUGGCAUUAUCUGCAGUCUGCUGCGGGGUGGCAUCGCCGAGCGUGGGGGCGUCCGCGUGGGUCACCGUAUCAUUGAGAUCAACGGGCAGAGCGUGGUGGCCGUGCCGCACGCCCGCGUCAUCGAGCUGCUCACGGAGGCCCACAAUGAGGUCCACAUCAAGACGAUGCCGGCCGCCACCUACCGCCUGCUUACCGGCCAGGAGCAGCCCGUGUACCUGUGA